CUUGCACUCGCCCAUGCCCCCUUUUGCCCUCCGCUGGCUGCGGGGGAAGAAGCGUGAACUUGAACGCAGCCUUCACUGCUCAGUGCGAGUCCAGGCAGAGGCCAGUAGACAGUCUUAUCAGUCCGUCCCCCAUUGCUCGGGUUUCGGUCAACUUAUCGGGGAAGAAGCAGCCGCACGCGUGCAGUUUUUUUGCAGGGGGGGUUUAAUUUAGUCUGUUUGCAGUUCGGGACUCUGAGGUGCUGCCACAGUUGGACCCGCUUGACGCAAUGUCCAGGCGCAAACUUGGAAGCAGACCGCAGCACCUGAGUGUGAUUCAAGAUGUCACCGGCAUGGCGGAUGGCACCAGAUCCUCAGAUGACCAGCCUCUUCCUCCACCUCCUCCUCCUCCACAGGUCCGAGAUCUGGACGAUGGGCGUGACCUCCUGACCUGUGGCCAGUGCAGCCGGGCAUUCCCCCUCGCCCACAUCCUGGCCUUCAUCCAGCACAAACAGGGAGGCUGUCGCUCCACAAACUACGCCCCAAAUGUCAAUGCCACGCCCCCCUCACCUGCCAACCGAACACAGCAGCGCGUCGCCAACGCCAACCUGGGGCCAGGCUUCAUUGAACUAAGAAGAGGGGCGUCCAGAGAGCGAGGCUGGGGGGAGGAGCCCGGCGUUAGGGUGAAGGCGGAGCCUAGCAGAGCAGUGCUCGAAGAGCCCUCCUAUUUCACCUGUCAGCAGUGUGAAGGUGUGUUCCCUUCUGCAUGGUCACUCCUACAGCAUGCUCAGCACACACACUCCUUCAGCAUCUACCAGGAAAGCGAGGAGGAGGAUACAGACACAAGAAGAAGAGGAAGAGUAGGACACAAGACUGCUGCAGCCACUCUGGACCCUCGCCACCUGAGCCAGGCCCUCGCAUCUGCCUUUAAGCCGUCCGCCCUGCGCCUCAGCCGCUCACGUCAGACACAAACCUCCUCCAUCUCUUCUUCUUCUUCUAGUAAUCUGCAGGCUCUGAACUUUUCCGUACGGCUCAGGGAGCUCGCUGAGGGGAACAGCAACACAACUCGUAGCUCACCCGGAGGCCUGGUGCUGUCUCCAUCCUCCUCCCCACCUGCAGCCUCUCCCUUUCCUCAGGCUAGUGCCCUCCAGGCUGAUUUCCACUGUGAACAGUGUGACCAGAACUUCCACUCCCUGUCUGCCCUCUCUACCCACCAUCGGGCUCACGCCUGUAAUCGCCCCUAUCACUGCGGCGUGUGUGGGCAGGCCUUCGCCCAGAGCGGCCAGCUAGCUCGUCACAUACGGAACCAUCACAGGGAGGCCGGAGGUGUAGGAAGCGGGUUUGAACCUGUGGAGAUGAUGGUGAUGGAGGAGGAUGUAGGGAGGCGAGGCAGGCUUCAGAUGCAGUCAGCUGGAGUGAUGAGGAAGGUUGGAACAGACAUGAGAGCUCAGGGCCCCUCUGAGCUGGACCUGACCCUGCCCAAACACCCGUCCAUUGCCUCAGGCCUAAUGGUGCUGACCUCACAGGUCAGGCCGUCAGACAGGGAGCUGCUGAGGCUGUACCAGCGCCAGAGAGAGGGUGGAGAGGGAGGGGACGAGGAGGUGGAGGGGCAGGGGGAGCCCCAGCACACCUCACCCUGUGCCAGCCCCUCUGAGGGCUCACUAGAGAGUGGAGAGACAGGGGGCAGUGGAGAGAGCGGCAUCGCAAGUGGAAACUGUACACCCAAACGUCCUGAGAUGGGCGACAGAGUGCGGGGAGUUGGAGAGUGGGAAAAUGAAAGCGGCGAGAUCAUCGAGAGCGAGAAGGAGUGGAGCACAGCCAAAGUGAGCGAGGCCGUGCAAGAGUGGCAGAGGGAAAAUGAGUGGAGGAGUGUAGGAGGAGGAGGAGGAGGGAACACAAGCAGUACACCUGCAGGUUCAACUGGUAGGAAGAAGAAAGACGAAGCGUGCGAAUAUUGUGGUAAACAGUUCAGAAACAGCAGCAAUCUGACUGUGCAUCGUCGAAGCCACACAGGAGAACGGCCGUACCGCUGCGGCCUCUGCAACUACGCCUGUGCUCAGAGCUCAAAGCUCACACGCCACAUGAAGACCCACGGCGCCCAGGGUGCUAAGGCCUCCUUUUUGUGCCAGCUGUGCUCCGUACCCUUCACCGUGUACGCCACUUUGGAGAAACACCUGAAGAAAGUUCACGGUCUGAGCCAUGCCAGCGUUGGAGCAUAUGCACAGGCCAGUGCUGCGGACACCCUGGCUGCUAUAAAAGCUGAAGAAGCAGCAUCAGACGUGGUGGUGAAGAUGGAGGAAGAUGAAGCCAGCCUGGAUCAAAUAGAGAUGGAGGGCAAAAUACAAAGUGAUGCCGGGAAGAGCAUGGAAGUGGAGGAGGGGCAAAGCCAAGAAGAAUAUGUGGAAAACAGUGGGAGUUCGGACAGAGUGGGUGAUCUCCCACCUGAGAGCAAAGCAGAAGUGAGCUUAGCUUUGAGUUCUGGGCCCUGAGAGCCGCUCUCAUUCACUAAAUUGACAUUAAAAUAGCACUGUACAGGAUUUAAAUCGCCCACUCAUUUAAAGAAGAAGUCAUCCCAUCAUUGAACUGACAGUCAUGUCACACUGGAAUCCAAGAAGAAGCUGCAGCAGAGUGGAAAGCAGCAGGCUGUCCUCGUCCUCCAUCCUCUCUGCCAGCACUGAGGCACACAGCAGCCAUGUUUGUCAUGAUUGUAUGCAAAGCUGCUGUGAAACCAAGUGCCUACAGUUUCUCUCGACCACAGAGCAAAAAAAAAAACAAGGCCGUGACAUUCAGCAGGGAGAUUACCAGAGCUCUCGAAAAGGAAGUGCAUCACCACAGUCCACACCGACACAGGAAACUGAUCACCAUGUUGCAGAGCAGGAUGCAAAAAGCGAGUGAUUUAUCUGACUGGUGACCCACUGGACAGGUGGAGACAACAAUUAACUGUCAAAUAAUAUAAAGACGAGGGUAUAUUGAAAAAAAACCUUAGCAAUAGAACAUUGUUAAUAUAUUUUUAAAAGGAGGUCAGACUUUGCUGGCUACUGUAGCUGUUUUUUCUUUGGUGAAGACCUUUUAAAGACUAAAGAUGUUUGAACAGACGCAGGGAGUGAAAUGAAUCCAAACACUGUCUGCCUGCAGUUUCUCACACUCCUCUCUUUAAAGGCGCUUGCUUGUCACAACACUUGUCACUUAAUGUUUACAGGGCUUGCAGGGCCCAGCGAGGUUAUGCUCCUGACUUAGUGACAGUGUGUGUGGAGGAUUUUCUGUUCUUGCUUUUUUCUAACUUUAUAAAUGUGAAUAGGGAGACUUCAAAGUCUCAUCUACUGAGGGUUAUAUUUCUGUUAGUUUCUAUGCAUACAAAAACUGCAAUUUUAUCUCCACGUGAAACGGGUGUGUAUUAUUUUCUCUAGCUGUAUCUAUUCUUGUGAUGGUAAUUCCUCUCUUUCAUUGUUUACAUUUGUAAAGUGCCGGACUGCUUAAAGCUCGUGCAUGUUUUGCAGCCAUUUGAACCUGUUCCUGUUUUUUAUUUUUGUUCCUGUGUUUGAAUUACUCCUUAUUUAUGGACGCUGCAUGUUUGUGGUUGUGAAACUGAAAAGGUCUGUUCCGCUGCAAAAACUACAGGGUUUAUUGGUUGAGUUUUGCGGAUGGCUGCCACGCGAGCACUUGGGUGAGUGAGUCUUUGAGUUUUGUGUGAUUGUUUUUGUGUACAUACUGGGAAAACUUCCUCAGGUGACACCUCGACAUGAAUGCUCUGCCCCGUGAUGUGUGUCUGCAGCAUGAAUCAGCUGAUUUAAUCACUGUGUCAUACUUCUGACAUGUCAGUUAUGAGGAUUGAUGCUUAAAAAUGCACAUUUUGCAAGAGGAAGUUUGAUUUUUUUGACACACAUCACAGGACAAAGCUGUCAAGUACAGUGCCCCCAACUUCUUUGACUACUGUGAUGUCUCUGUGUUACAAUAUCUGAGUUCUACUUGCAUUCAUGUCAGGGAAAAUGUAUCCUAUAGUGCUGCGUAUUGAAUGAUUGUGAGUAAGUGCAGUGUAACUGUUCAGGGAUAAUAUUUGUACAUUUAUUGACAUUAUUGCUGUUGCUAUACAUGUUAUUGUUAUUAUUAAUAUGACUGCCUCCACUUUUCCUAGCAUCGUCUCCUUUAUGCUAAACACUGGCUAUUGUGAAGCUGUACCGCUCUGCUGUCUUUGUAAACUUGACACCAUUUUGUAAUUGAGGAGCCUCAAUAAAGAAUUGAGGUGAGA